AGUCGCUCCUCCCCCGGAAUUACGUCGCAAGGUCAGCAGCCAAACGGGUCACUCGCAGCGCUUCCAAGAUGGCGGCCUCCUUGUGUCAGUGUUACCAGCUUUGUGUCAGGCGAAGUCCUGCAUUGCUAGUCACUCGCCAGUAUGCGGCGCUAUACGACAGAGCUCACGCGUAUAGGAUAUGUGGCCCGGCGGCCAGUACGGCACAGGCCAGGUUUAUGUCCAGCGGUGGUCGGAAGGGCUUUCUGGGAGAGUUUCUGGACAAUCUCAAGCAGGAACUGGGCAAGAACAACGAGAUGAAGGAGAACAUCAAGAAGUUUCGCGAGGAGGCCAAAAAACUAGAAGAAUCUGAAGCCCUCAAGCAAGCCAGGAGGAAAUAUAAAACCAUCGAGUCUGAAACAGUCAAAACCUCAGAAGUGUUGAAGAAGACGCUGGGGACGCUGUCGGAGACGGUGAAGGAGGGCCUGGAAGAGGUGGGUCGCUCGGACAUCGGGAAGAAGAUCAAGGAAGGAAUGGAGGAGGCCGCUAAAACAGCCAAGCAUUCGGCAGAGACGGUGUCUAAGGGCGGGGAGAAGCUGGGCAAGAGCGGAGCGUUUCGGGCCAUCUCACAGGGUGUGGAGAGCGUGAAGAAGGAGAUCGGUGACCUGGGACAGAGCGGCCCGUACCGGCCGCCCAGCAGACUGAGGAAGAGGAGCGACUUCUCGUCCAAGACAGCCGGCGCUGAAGACAGAGUCUUCGAGGCCAACGAGGAGGCGAUGGGGGUCGUGCUUCACAAGGACUCAAAGUGGUAUCAGCAGUGGAAGGACUUCAAGGACAACAAUGUGGUCUUUAACAGGUUCUUCGAGAUGAAGAUGAAGUACGAUGAGAGUGACAACGCCUUCGUUAGAGCGUCCCGCGCCGUCACUGAGAAGAUGACCGACAUCAUCGGCGGUUUGUUCUCUAAAACCGAGAUGUCUGAGGUUCUGACUGAGAUCCUGAAGGUGGAUCCGAAUUUCGACAAGGAUUCCUUCCUCAAGCUGUGCGAGACAGACAUCAUUCCCAACAUCCUAGAGGCCAUGAUCCAGGGAGAACUGGACGUGCUGAAAGACUGGUGCUACGAGGCCACGUACAGUCAGCUGGCGCACCCCAUCCAGCAAGCCAAAGCCAUGGGCCUCCUGUUUCACUCCAAGAUCCUGGACAUUGAUAACAUUGACCUGGCGAUGGGGAAGAUGAUGGAGCAAGGCCCCGUCCUCAUCAUCACCUUCCAGGCUCAGCUGGUGAUGGUCAUCCGUAACAUGAAGGGUGACGUCGUGGAGGGAGACCCGGAUAAGGUCUUGAGGAUGAUGUACGUUUGGGCGUUGUGUCGAGAUCAGGACGAGUUGAACCCCUACGCUGCUUGGAGACUCUUAGACAUCUCCGCAUCCAGUACUGAGCAGAUCCUGUAAAGACAGGUCUACAGAGGGACUCGGGGGCGGGGCUUAGCCAGGGGGCGGAGCCACACACAUCCACUUGUUUUACAUAACUCCGCCUCCUGGUUCUUCCAGAGCCUUUUCAGGAGCCCUGACUCAACCGCAGAGUUGUUCGAGUUUGAGCCAAAAUGGCCGACGGUUGGACUCGCGCCAUUGGACCGAAACCCCAUCAGUCUGAAAAACUGAGAGACUCGUUUUUGUUUGUUUGUUUGUGUGUACUGUCAGUCUAACUGUUCUGGAAGAUUAUGUCGAGUGGUUAUCAAGUGCCAUUCUACACAGCUAUUAGUAACGAUGUUUAAUAAUAAUUGUAAUAAAAGUACUUUAUUUAUAUUGGAUUGAAUCUGAAGAUAACCUGACCUCCCCACCGACUUGAAACCCAGUGGCCGCCAUAGCAGCAUAUUUAUUAACGACUUGGUCCUGAUAGACAGUUUGUGUAGUUUUAUCAAUUACAGACUGUAUCUUUAAGGUCGGAAGAGUUUGGAAGAGUUCAACGGGUUUAAUAAGCCAUCAAAUAGUCUUUUAUUAAUUUCCGCCUCGUGUGGGGCUAAAACAGCAGCUUGUCUUUAAAAAUAUAUAUACAAAAAUUACAGUAUGUUGAGUAUCGUAUAUAAAGGAGUUUCUGGUUGAUGUUGAACUUGAUUAUUUGAAUCAAAAACAUGAAAUGUAUAUUAUUAAAAUUAUUCCAUGCUUCACCACUCACCUUGAAA